AUGGGGUGCUCUCCUAGCCAAGCUACACCAGAUCCUGCUUCUGAAACGAUACCCAACGGACAAAAUAUGAAUCAUCCACCAAACUCAGAAACAGAUAGUGCCAACGGCAAUUCAUCACGAAUCCAAUCCAAUGGAAACAGUACUAACGGCGAAGUCAAGAUUCGUAAAUAUUCUCGGGAACUUGGAGUGACAGUCUGCUUUGGUCCAAUGAAAGUUAUCCAACCGCAAAUGAAGAGAUUGCGUAGCAAUGGAAAGGCCAUUUUCCCCACUACACUCGAUCGUAGUGGAUUGAAGAAGAAGACGAAUGGCGCAUUCUUAAUAGACAUAUCUCAGUAUGGGGUAGAUUGA